AUGAAUGUGUCCAGUGCUAAGAAUGACUUAGCGGUGACCUCCGCUAUCAAUGAUGGUGUGUACUCUCUCUCCAUGCAGCUGCUUCAUGUCGUCAUGUUUAUAUUUAGCCUCUCGGGCAUGCUGACCAACAUCAUCAACGUCAUGGUCUUUGUGAAACAAGGCGUGACCUCGGACAGCAUCACUUUCUCCUUCUUCACCAUGUCCCUCUCAGACCUUCUGUCCAGCGUGCUGCUUCUUCCCUGGCCGCUAUGCACAUUUAUGGACAGCUUGAAGUCCAUCACGUCGAAAAAUUGCUACACGAUCACAGCCUUGGCCACCAGCAAUCCUCACGCGAUCUUCACCAAGUUAACAUGUCUAAUUCAGACUUACAUCAGCGCAGAGAGAGCGUUCUGUGUAGUUUUCCCGCUCCACGUUAAAAGUGUGAUCAAGACAAAGAACACGGUCAUUAUCAAUUUAAUCCUGUGCUGUGUCAUAUUUAUAAUAUACGUUCCGUAUUAUGGCGAAGCGAAAUUCGUCUGGGGACGUGACGCUGAGAACUCGACUGUAGUUCUGUGGUACGAGACACGCCAAGGAAAAGCGCUUCACUCUUUGAUCUACAUCAUCGGGGGUCUGAUCAUGCCCAAUGUGGCGAUUGUGUUGAACAGCCUGGCGACGGUCAUCAUCGUCACACGCCUGAACCUAAACCGGCAGUGGAGGCAAAAACUGUCCUCAGCCCAAAGCGCGGCUGACACGAAGUUCCAAGGGAUGUCGUCCAAGAGUCUUGAAGUCAGCAAAACUGUCACAGUCAUUACCACUAUGUACAUAGUGACAUUUGUAUGCGGUCAGCUGACCGCCAUGACGGCCUUCGCUUUACCAGAGGUCACCAUGGAGGGCGCCAAUGAACACCUCUACUACGUAGUGUACGCCCUCAGAUUCGACACUGACGCCUUUCAUGCGUCGGUCAAUAUGUUCUUCUACCUCAAAAUGAGCUCAAAAUAUCGGGAGGUUUUCAAUACAAUUUUCUAUAGCCUUAAGAAAUAA